CAUUGUUGGCUUGACUGCUGACAUUUACAUGAAACAAUGAAAAUACCCUGAAAAUCUCCCUUCCUACUCAGGUGGAUAAAUAUCGGUCUACAGAAACUUGUAACAAUUUGAAGUGAUCCAGACGAUCGUCAACCCUGCAGGGCCCACUGCAGUUGGGAAAUGAAAAUAUCUUGCUAGCUGGAUGGCGCUACAUGUCUGAUACCAGGAAAUUUUGACAUUGCGUGACAACUGCUACGCAUUUUUGCUGAUCGGUGCGCACACCAGAUCGAUGGCAUGCAUUUCAUGUACAAGAAUAGAGGGCUUGUAUGAGGGGCAGCAUGAUAUGCUCUAUAACCAGACAUUUAACCUUGAUCAGGUUGCAUUUGCAUCUGAGGGAAUUAAAGAUGCUCGACAGACGAUGUCAGCUUUGAAAUCUGCUAAUAAGGAGUUGAGGGGAAUGAUGACAACUGUGAAGAUCCAGGACAUAGAUAAAAGUGGGUAUAUGGCAUCGUAAUCUGAGGGCACGCCGGCAUAUCUUCAACCUGAUAAGGAACCAGAUUUCGAUGCUGAACUCAAUUUGCCUUCGGUGCCAUCAGGGCAUGCAGCAGGGCCCAACAGACAGAAUG